AUGCUACAUCAGAUGGACGUCAAGACAGCGUUUCUUAACGGCUCCCUCAACGAAGACAUCUACAUGGACCAGCCGGACGGAUACCUGGAUGCAACACAGCCGGACUAUGUGUGCAAGCUAAAGAGAUCACUCUACGGCUUGAAGCAAUCGCCUCGCAUGUGGAACCAAACAAUCGAUGGGUUCAUGAUCAAGAUGGGAUUCAAGAAGUGCGAAUCGGACCACUGCAUUUACAUCAAGCGAGACGACCAAGACAUGAUUCUCGUGGUGCUCUACGUCGAUGAUCUCAUCCUGGCCAGCAGCAACAAUGAACUCCUCAAGUCGACCAAGAUGGCGCUGAGCAAACGCUUCGAAAUGACGGAUCUCGGUGAGCUCGAUUACUUUCUCGGCAUGGAGAUCAAGAACGACCGUAAGACGGGAAUGGUGACUGUACAACAAACCAAGUUUCUCAAGUCCGUGUUGACCAAGUUCGGAAUGGAUAACAGCAAGCCAGUGAAGACGCCUCAAGAUCCCGGCCUGAAGCUAACCAAGAACAUGUGUGAACAAGAAUGCAAGCACGAAGACACCAUGUGCAACGUGCCAUAUCGAAGUGCUGUCGGAGGCAUCAUGUAUCUCAUGGUCGCCACACGUCCGGAUCUAGCUGCUGCAGUGGGAUCAUUAUCCCAGUUCUCGUCCGACCCAUGCCCGACUCACUGGCAAGCUUUGAAGCGUGUGCUGAGAUACCUGCAAGCAACGCCCAAUCAUGGUCUUGAGUUUACACGUGAAGAAGGAAGCCGUAUCUGCGGGUACACCAACGCAGACUGGGCCGGCGACAUUGAGUCAAGACGAAGUACAAGCGGCUAUGUGUUCAUGAUGAACGGAGGAUGCAUCAGCUGGAAAAGCCAGAAACAACGGACGGUCGCGCUAACUUCAACAGAAGCAGAAUACAUGGCGCUUUCCAGAGCAACCAUGAUGAACUUUAGACUUCUUGGUCCGAGUGCAAAACGCAAAGUGAAUAUAUAUUUAUAA